UUGGCAUCAGGGAGUGUGGCAUAUUCCCAUUGGCCCAGCAGUUGAUGAGCCGUGGCUGGCGUGGAUAAAAGCUGGGUCUGCAUGGAGCUCUCCAAAGCGCUGCCCUGACCACCUUCUCCUUGGGAACAGGAGCUCCAUCCCAUCCCACCAAGAUGUCUUGCUACGACCUGUGCCCACCAAAAACCAGCGUGGCCGUGCCCCAGCCCAUCGCUGAGAGCUGCAACGAGCUGUGCGCGCGCCAGUGCCCCGACUCAACGGCCUUCAUCCAGCCACCGCCCGUCGUCGUCACCUUCCCCGGCCCCAUCCUCAGCUCCUUCCCCCAGCAAGCCGUGGUGGGCUCCUCCGGAGCACCCGCCUUUGGGGGUUCCCUGGGGCUGGGGGGCCUCUACGGCGCCGGGGCCACUCAGGGCUCGGGGGGCCUCUGCACCUUUGGCAGACCCUACGUGUCUCCUGCCUGCAGCCCCUGCCCCUUGCCCCGCUACAGCAGGAAGCUGUGGGACACCUGUGGGCCCUGCUAAACCCAGGCUCUGUUUUCAACCAGCACCAACAGCAUCUGCUCAUGCUUGAUCUCCUGGGCAUUGAGUGCUGAGGAGUGCUGAGCAUCUCCAGCUGUGGCUGAGGCCAUGGCAGCUGGCAGUACUGCCAGCUUUGCAUGCUUUGCCUGGUUCUCCCGCUCAUUCAUCUUCUUCCAUGGACUACAACUUGUGCCUGAUCUGCCUUUUUUUCUCUAUCUCCAUCUCCAGCUGAUCUGGGAACAAUAAAGAUUUACUGCAUUCACA